AUGUUGACAGGAUCCAAUGGUGCUCGGCGCAUAGCGUCGCUGAUGCGACCGUCGAGACUCGACUCCGGCGUGUGCAUAAGCUGUCAAGAGACUCUGGGUCGCCGCCAGUAUGCCUCUGCUGCUGCUGCGAGCGAAUUGGCGACUUCUUCUUCGCCAAACCCUUCUACCUUCCCCGUCGUGAAACCCGUCUACACUAUCAAUGCCGGUGUGGUCCUCUCCCGUCCUCCCCAGGUCACCCGCGACCUCGAGCCAUUCGAGAAAGCCUAUCAUUUCUACCAAAAGCGCCUGAAUGAGCGCCUGGCUCUUCCUUUCACCAAAUACUUCUACUUCAAGCGCGGCACACCAGCAGAUGUGGACUGGAAAAACAAGAUUAAGGAGCGCCGGACUCCCGCCCGCGACAUCGGCAACUAUAACGCGUACGCCAGCGACGCCUGGAACGACGAGCUUCUUCUCGGAUCAAAGGAGUCCGAUCCCGAACAUCAGGUGGAAGCACUGGUGCAGGACGCCGAGUCGACGGCCAAUGCGACUUCCCAGGAUACCAGCAAGAAGGAAGAGAUCCCGCGGCCACUCUCGCGGGUGACGGAGGCGGAUAAGAAAGGCGACCACAAGAGUCUGAACCGGCUGCUGCCUCGGACUCUGUACCUGCUGGUCCAGUCGAAAGAGGGGUACUGGAAGUUCCCCAGUUUGCCCAUUGAGGGGGAUGAGACCCUGCGCCAGGCCGCUGAGCGUACCCUUGCCCAGACCGCUGGUGUGAACAUGAACACCUGGAUGGUCGGUUUCCACCCGGCCGGUCACCACGUCUACACCAACCGCAAGCCCCACGUCGACCAGGCCACGGGCGCCGAGCUUCACGGCGAGAAGACCUUCUUCAUGAAGACGCGUAUCAUGGCCGGCCAGGCCGAUCUGUCCAGCAGCGUAGAGAAGCUCCAGGACUUCAAGUGGCUGUCCAAGGACGAGAUUGCGCAGUUCGUGCUGCCGCAGUACUACAGCAACAUCAAAAACAUGCUGGCCGACCGGUAG